AUGAGAAGCCGAGACCUCCACCACCUCCUUCUUCAAUCUAUCCAGCACCAUCGCCUGCAUCGCACACCACCACAAGCCGCCCGUACUUGCCACAACAUCCUUUCCAUUCGCCUCAAUCGACUUCCAAGCGAAAUUCAUACACCUCAUCACCUGCCUGUAUCUGCCUUCUCACCUCCCACUUCUUCCUCAAAAACCAUGGACAACCAACCCCCCGCCCCGCAUUCAAAUCAGCUAGGCAUCCCUCCAAAACACUGCCGCAAGUUCGGCAAGCAGCACGCCAACGCGCGUGAAGAGGCGGUCAGGAUACCAUCGUCAGCAGAGGCGCUGGCAUACCUGUUCAACCUACAACAGAGAGGCGACCAACUCGUCGCAGACGGAUGGCAUGACGCCGCGCCAAAAAUGCGAAGGAAGGUAGAGCAAAUCCAGAAAUCUCUUGGUCCUUUAGGACGACUGAGCAUGAAAGACUGCGCCGGGGGAGGCAUUGCGGUUGGACGAGCUGACGCUGGGGCUAGGGGAACGAAGAGAAAAAGAGCUCCGGCGGGGCCUCCCACUCGUACGUCGGACAGGAUCAAAGAAAAAGCUAUGAAGAAGGCCGCCGUUUCACUGGCCAACGACGGCACCUCUGGGACCCCUGUUCCUCCGCCGAACACAGUGGCCAAUGUCGCCGGAGACUCUGGUGCUCUCAAAGCGACCAUGCAAACUUCUGCAAGCGGUGGGGAGCCGCAGACUAACAGCUCUGAUGCGUCUCGUGCGGUGACAAGGCAGAUGAGAGACUCGACGGGCACCGGGCAGAUUUCAAAGCCACAACCGGCAGAAGAGGAAUUUACGGUCUCCAAGGAGAACCUGCCAGCAUCAGGACCAGCCACCUCGACGGGAAUAGCUCAGAAUCUGUCUCCUGGUCGAAGAGUUACGAGUGGCCACAGGCCUGCCAACCCACUGAAUCCGACCCAGGAGAACUCCACGGCCGAGGCUUCUCGCCCUCCUCAAGGAGUAGACGAGACCAAGGAGCCGUCCCUUAAGAAGAAGCUUAAAGUUUUUCUAGCCGUAUACUCCGAAGAUGGUCGCCGGGUUUUGGUGGACGUCUCCAAGUAA